AUGGAAACAGCCCUAAUUGCCCUCUUUCCGACGCUUACUUUUUGCGGUCUCAUCUUUCCCGCGUUCAUCAGUUUUAAACACGAGUCGGGCCCUAAACGGUGUCGGCGUUGGCUUUUUAUGAUUUUUACAGUUGUGGAGACUUAUUUGGACGUUCGCGUUUGGCAGAAAUUCGCAACAACUGGCAUGACUCUGACUGGAUACGAUCCAACUAUUUCUAACUUGAUGAUAUUUUUCACCUUCAUGACUUUCUUAGUCCAACUUGUGAAGUUUAAUCUGGCCGUCAUCCCCCACAUUAAAGCAUACAGACGAGUUAAAUUCGGCGACGACAAGUACAGUGUGGACACUACAAGAACUGUUUUUAAAAUUGACAGCUUCACGGCAACGUUGUAUAUUUUCGGCCGAGUCCCGCUCUCGUUCAUUGUCCAUUUUUACCUUGUGAAAAUGAAAGUUCCUCGUGCCAUAGUACCACGAGAACUAACUUGGAAGCUGAUCUUUCACGUGCCAAUCUACCUUUAUCUCUUUUGGGUCGCUUAUCAGAAGGUUCGAAGAAGCAUCAAAGCGACACGAGAUUGCAGACUGAAACCUUCCGCACAAGUCGGCAAUCCCAACUGGCAAUGGCUCCUUGGAAUGCCUUAUUUUCUAGCUCCAUUCUACUCCAUCAUGCUUGUUGCUGCAACAACAAGCUAUCUUCAGAUGGACGAAAAAUCCCAGCUCUCCCUCAAAGGCUGCAUUGUCGGCCAAAACCCCGUCUCACAAAAUCCGCUAAGUUUUCGCUGCCUCCGCGCGGUUGACUACGCAAUUCUGAUCUUCUUCUCGGUCUUUAUGUUGUCUGGGCUGGUCAUGUUCAUCUUCAGAAUCAUCAAUAAGCAGAUGGAGCUGCUCCCCGCGCUGAACGAGGAAAGUUACUCGAGAGGAAAUCGUGCUCGCGCGCAGAAAUCAAAGAGGACUCAGCCAGCCGAAGAAAGCAGCGAAAAAACACAAGCGGCUGUGGUUUACGACGCAGCGAAAGAGACCUCAUCGAAAGUCGUCACCAAAGCUGUUAAAAUUGCGAAGAGAAUCUUUCAAGAAAACUUCGAAAUCAUUCGAAAACACAAUGAGCAGAUCACGAAGUGGAAGCUGCUUAUUAUCGCUAAUAGUGAGGAUUGGCAGAUUGUACAGCAACAAUACAUAGAUUUGCUUCGUCGAAAACUUCCGUCAUUCGAAUUUGAAUUCGAUUUUUUCCAGUCACCCAAGAAUUCUAAAUUUAAUCUCGGCGAUGUUUACAUGCCAACAAUGGCCAUCCCAGCGAACUUUUUGAUUCUCUUUCCAAAGCUGGACUUCUUGAAGAUCGGAUUUCUUCUCUCCCGCGAAAUCGGCGUUUGCGCCAAGCCUAUGGCGGGCAGCGAUGACGUAAAAUCGUGGAAAGACAUGGGCAAUUUUUACGAAAACGAAAAUGCUGUCGACAGGCCGGACAAUCCAAAGUUCGAAUUCGCAGGGAGCCUGAUAGAGUGCGACGGGCCACUUAUCUUCGACCAGAACGUGAAGACAUUUAUCGACUUGGAAAUCGACGUCCGUUCCUUCAACUCUCCAACCGGCUUCUCAGACGCUGCUCGGAAGAAGUACUGGCCUCGCGAAUUCAUCCUCAAAGAAGUACCGAAAAUCCCUUUUCACCAGUUUCAUUCUCCUUCCGAGCCUAUUCGAUUCACUCACAUUCCAAACGACGCCUGCCAAAAAAUAGUCUUCCCCGUUUUUGUCAAAUCUACUGUUACCAAAGUUGGUCUGCGCAAUCUCAUCCGCGAGAACUUUAAACUCUGGAACAUUGAUAGCGGCAAACUUUUCUUCAUCUUCGGCGAAACAACCCAGUCUUCCAGAGAGGCGCUAGAAAACGAGAUCCAAAAGUACGACGAUAUCAUUAUCACAAGCUACGAGGACACUUACGACAAUUUACCAUACAAGACAUUCGGCGCGUAUAAAUUCAUUGAAGAAUAUUGUAAUCUGGCUUCUUGGAUCAUCAUUCAUGACGACGAUACAUUCAUCAAAUACGAGCGGCAGUACGAAAUCUUCAAGCGAUCUAAUUUCUUCCCAAAAGAGCACCUACAGUGUAUGUACGGCUACUUCACAGAAGAAGCGCCACUGAGAUGGUCAAAGUACGGAGUUGGCUUUCGCGAAUAUCCCUUUGGCUACUACUACCCGAAAUUUUGCCACGGGCCCUGCAUGUCGUUGUCAAAAGCAGCUGCUUCGAAAAUUUACCAUCAAGCAAUGAUCACAAAUUGGAAUGGAAUUAUCCUUGAAGAUGUUCUCUUCAGUGGUAUCAUCCGUGAGUUGGCGAAUGUAACCUCGAUGGACAUCGAGCGCGGAAGCUGCGAGCACAUCUCCAGCCGUUUACCCUCCAAAGAAGCCGCUUUUCAAAAACUUUUAGACGCGUCGCGGAGAAAAGCUGGCGUUUCUAAACAACCCUCGCCCGGAUAA